UGAUAAAACUUUUGCAUCUUAAACAAAGGUUUGGAAGAGAAUGAAGAACUUGACAAUGCUGAAGAUGAAGAGGAGGCAGCCGUGGGUAAUGAUAGUGAAGAAGAAUGGGAAGAAGAAAUUGAUUUGGUUGGAGAUAAUGAAAUGCCUCUGCCGUCUAAUUCAUACAUCAACAUGGAGAAUAUUUCAAGGACUCAUUUACAGGAACUUUUUGGUAGCUUCCAUCCUAAUGCAAUUGAUGGUGAGCAAGUACUUGCAAAUGGCAGCGACGAAGAAUAUCAUAUAUACGAGGAAGAUAGUGAGGAGAAUUACUCUGAUGAAUAAUUUGUGUCAUUCAGAGUCAUCAAAUACACAUAUAGGAGUAUCAAUGUUUUUUUAAGUUACAUAGGAGGGUAAAUAUCAUCUUAGGUUUGUUGAUUAAAUAUCAUCAUGGAUCCUAGAAUUCACAUUGUUAUUAUAAGAAGUAUCUCUAAUUACAUUUGUAAAAACAGAGAAAAAUAUAGUGGUAGAUGGAAAGUAGUUUUCAUUUAAUUAUCUAUUUUUGUUGAUAACUAUAAAACAGUGGUGGAAAUAGAAUUGGUGAAUGAUGAGAUUGAA